AUGCAGGAGGACACUAAUGAGCGCCAGCUUACCAGGUUCUCUGGACUCUCUCUGUCCACCCCAAAGAGUUUGAGGAAGAAAGAAGGCUCCACGGUAUCCCUGGUUCAUGCUGGUCUCAGCCUGUGGACAAGAGGUUUCUUCCUUUCCAGACCUGGAGAUGACACAGCACACCUGGGGCCACACAGAGAUCAGGCGGAGGGAGGCCUCGGCCAGGGCCCUCUCUUUAUUAGAAUCUGGAAACGUACCAUCAGGAACACUGCCAACUCAGCUGUGCUGGGCUUCCUCCUGCAGGAUAAGCAUGAGAAGGCAGGGAAUGGCACCACUGCAUGCAGCGUGACCAGCAUCCUCAGCCAGAACAGCAGCCAGGCUUUGCCGGGAGAGCUCAAGCUGAGAGGGCAGCUGCGGGCCCAGACAGGGAGCCUCGGGGGCCAGCAUCCAUGCCGAGGUGGCCAGCCUGGCUCUGGGUGGGGUCUGCACCUGGGGCCCCGGGCACGGCCAGCUCUCAGGCAGGCUGAGUCACAUCAGCACCUUGACUGCAGCAGGUGCUGGGGCCUCCCCUUCUACUGGGACAGCCGUGGACACUUCCAGAGCACAACACACAGUCUGGUGGCUGGGCUGGUGGUGAGUGUGGACGGACGGCGCGCAGCUUCACAUUGCUCUGGAGAGGAGGGGCACGGCAGCCGUGAGGGGCUGGCCCUGGGGCUGCACCACAACUUCUCGGCUGCUGGGCACCCUGCCCACAAGGCUCAAGUUGAGUGACUGGAGGCCCCACGUGGGUCAGGCUGACGCCCUUGCUGCUGAGAUGGCCUGGCCCGAACCCGGCCUGCCAGAGCUUCCCCUGCCUCUCUGCCUUGGCACCCAAGCAGAACCCGAGCCCUGGCCCCACCACCUCAGCCCCUCCUGUCCCUUCCUGUCCAUCCGUUCUCCCUACCUCUCCCCUCCCCGCCCCGCUUACCCCCUUCUCCUUCCCACCCUCCACUCCCUGCCCUCUACUCUCCCUGUUUCUUUGGUCCACUUGUCCACCUGUCCUCCUGCCAACCCUCCCCCAUCUGCAGAAGUGUAACCAAGGCUGCUUUGGGGGCAUCCCAGCCUGUCUAGUAAAAUUAACACUGCCGAGGCCCUCACCCAUCUGCUCACUUCUGGGCAGCUCCCCCAGGACCCUGGACACCAGACAAGGACACAUGUACACAGCUGUGUCUGCAUUGUUCUCGAGAAUGAAAAGCAGGAAGUCACCUCUGUGCCCGUCAAGGGGCAGCUAGACCCUCCCAAGGGUGAGGGAGGCAUUGUGGGGGUCCCGCGGGGGGCAAACGAGCCAGGCUGCUGCCUCACCUCCCAGUUGCGCAGCUGUGGGCCGGUUGCUUGCACUGCCGGUGCCUCGGUGUCCUCAUCUGUAAAGUGGGACUGGUAGCACUCUUACCUCCUGUGGUGACCAUGAGGGACCGGUUAGAACCAGGCACACGGAGGCCAGCUGUGUCCUCAAUUGAAUGAAGACGCUGAGGGUCUCUGCACAAGCCUCUCUUUGGGGGUUAUUUUCCCAGGGCAGCUUCCACAGGGGGAGGAGUCCCCCACUGCCAUUUCCCCAGGGCUGUCUGGCAGCACGGCCCUGCCCUGCCCCGCUGGUCUCCACAGGUCAACUGCAGCCAUGGCGUCUCGCCUGCCCAGCUGUCAGGACUCUUCUGGGGGGACAUCACUGGGAGGCCUCUGGAUGGAGGUACAAAGGUCCCUGUCACAAGUGGGGCAGCAGUGGUAGAUGGGGAUCUGCCUCUGGGAGGGGCUGCUGUGGCCUGGGCACUGGGGGCUGUCUGCCCAGACCCCUCUGAGCCCACCAUGUCCCUGGAAAUGCAGUCUCCAUUUAGCUGCAGUGGGGCUCACGGGGCGUGUUUGCCCUGUCACUGGCAGUACUGUCCCCACGCCAGGCAGACAGGUGAGCACUGGUGACAGGAUGAGGCUGUGGGCAACUCCCCAGUGCUGGGCCCCCCCAGGUCUCUAGAAUACACCAUCUAGAGGAGCAGUGACUCCCAUCGGGGGCAGCAAGAGAAGACUCGCCUAGAGAGGCCAUGUGAGAGAAGUCGACAGGACUCUACUGUGGAAACUGGGGAGGAUGCAGAGACCAGCCUGUACGCCAUGGCAAGGGGAUACCGGGGACCCUAAAAUGCUCGGAAAGGUUAAGCUUCAGGACUCCCUGGGAGGCUGGGUUGCGCUUGUCAGAGAGAAGCACUUUGCAGGAAUGUAGUUUGUUAAUAGGGGACACAGAGAGCCCAGCAGGGAGGGUCUCCCUCGAUUGCCCACGUUGUGGGGACACCUGCUUGGCCCCAUUCUGCCUUUCUUGGAGGCAGAGUCCAGCUGUGCUCUCCUUGAAUGGCUCCCUCCUGGUCACACCUGAACGGCCAGCCUGGUGGCUCAGGUAGGUUCUGGGGACACGUUUGCCCAGGCCGACGUCCACACAGCCUGUGGCUGCUGUGCCCACCUGGAUGCCGGCCUCUAGCACGCAUGGCCUCUGCUUCAGGCUCUAGGGGCUGCCCCCAGCAACCACAUGCGAGUGUCUGUCCAGGGGGACCAACCCCGCAGGGCCCAGCAGGAGGUGGCCCUGUGUCAGUGCACUCUGACCUCUCACAGCAACGUCAGGACUGAGGCCAAUGCUACACAAACCGACUGGACCCUGUCCCUGGUGACCCACUGCCUCCUGCUGGAGGUAAGGCCGUCCCCACCCAUCAGUGCAGGGUGCUUCCCCCCUGCACAAAUUAACUGCCAACUGUAUGCCCAGUUCUGUGCUCACCGUGAAGAGCUUCCAUCCUUUUUAACAUUGUCUCUUGAAUUUGGGGCUCAUUAGCUAUAAAGUUUUGAGCCAUAAAUAAGACCGAAACUGAAUUUUCUCCCAUUUCGCGAAGGGCCCUACCAAGACACGUUUAUCUUUCUGGGGCUGGUUUUUGUCCUGUGA